AUGCUACUUCUCCAGCUCACGGGCCUGAAGGUCUUCGCGCUGCCAGAGUGGAAGGGGCUCCCAACGCUGCUCCGCUGUUAUGCGAAGGCGGGAUGGUUUGAAGGCAGUGUGUUCUUCGCUAUCACCAGCCUAUACACGUACCAGCUCUCGCAGAUUCCGCCGUCACAGUGGACAUCGAUCGAUAGGACGAUCUCGACGUUGACCUGGCUGCUUUACUGGGGCGCGAGUGCUUGGUAUGUCCGCAACGGGGACAAAGGCACUGGAGCCGUCACUGCUGUUGCCGGCGCACUACAGGCUGCCUGUUUGACUCUAUGA